UGGACAGGGAAUCAAAGUCCAUUGCAUGGAUAAGGACGUCAUUCUGCCACUGAAUAGUCCCCAGUCGUGAUAUUCCGCUUGAUUUCUUUCUUUUCCUUCUCGAAUUUUUUUUUCCCUCCUUCCCGGCCUCGACCUGUGGAUAGAUAAGCUGGUCUUAUCCGCCUCUUGGCUCCCCACUGAUCUUUCGAUCCAUCGUCAAGGUGUCUUGAGUAGAUAAGAUGUUCAACAUUCCAGCUUGUAACUUGAUUGGCGAAGAGCCGCUGGCAAUGACCGGUUGGGUCCUGAGGCACAUCAACGAGGGUCAGGCGCCUGCCAGUCCUCGUAAAGGCGAGAAGACGAGCUGUAUGGAGCCGACGAGUGAAGAGGCUGCCGAGUUUGAUAAGCUCGACUUCCUCAAGUUGGAUGGAGUCGACCGGCAGGGGCGGAGGAUCGUUCGCAUCGUUGGCAAGUUCUUCCCAGCCGCUGCCUUUAGCAAGGACAAGCUCCACGCCUACAUUCUCCACAAGCUCAAGUUCCUGAGCGUGGAGGCCGGUGGCCCUUCCUUCGUUGUCGUCUACUUCCACACCGGCGUCGAGAACAGCGUCAACAAUCCCGGCUUGCUCACUCUCAGAUGGCUCUACGAAUCGCUGCCACCGGAGUCCAAGCACGGGAUCGACGCCAUCUACUUCGUCCACCCGGGGCUCCAAUCCAGGCUUCUCCUCGCUACUCUCGGCCGGAUGUUCCUCAGCGAAGGCUUCUAUGCGAAGGUGAAUUACGUCCCCCGAAUCGAGUUUAUGUGGAGCUACAUCGAUUCCGACCAGCUCGAAGUCCCCGAGUUCGCGUGGGAGUAUGAUGACAACUUGGAGUGCCGGCCUUACUUCGACUAUGGAUCGGCGUCCGAGGAUCUCAGGCACGUCCCUCACAUAGGACACCCGCACUGCGUGACGUAGAAGAUGCCGACUCGCACGAGCCUGUGAUGUAAAUAAAUCGUCCCGACGUAUCUGUAAGUGGUCCUUGUCCUACUCUACCAAGGAAUCUAUCCUGCCUCCACCCCCUUC